UGCACAUGCGUACUAGGACUGGCGGUUGAGCGCGAAUUUUGACAGACUUUUGGACGAUCUUUUGAAGAAACUUCGGCAAAUUCAAAUGUUUGACCAGAUUUUGAGCAAAACCGUGCAUUUUGAAGGAUCAGAGUGAGUUUAUCCGAGGCCCAACAUGAGUGUUCGUGUGGACAUGAGUAAGAUGCCGGCACAUGUCAGGGACUCGGCUUAUUUUGUGUCCAAAGGCAACAGUUCAGGGCAGAAAGGAAGAAAAAGGUCUACAGAAAACACAGGGAUUGUACCACUGAGUUUUCCUGCAACAAGGGCUGUGUUAUGGAGCCGAACCCCAACAGGAACCCCCUCCACACUCCAUCUGACCCACUACAGGAACUGCCAAGUUCUGGUGCUUGAGAAGACCCUGCGACUUGCCCAGAGACAUGCUCUACAGGCAGAGAACAGUCCCUUCUCAUGUUUCCUCAUCGGCAGUGCUGUGGUCGACUCAGAUGAGGAGGGAGUGACUGUAACGUUGGACAGGUUUGAUCCAGGCAGGAGUGUACCAGGCAGGACAGAGAGGAUCCCGACAGCCUCACUGCUGGGGGACCAUGUGGUGCAAACUGCCAUCACGCUAACAAAAAGGGCUCCAGGCUCAGAAGCAUCAGUCACCAGUUCGAAGGAGAUCUUUACCAAGACACUGCAGUCCCUCCACCACCACUGCUGCAGUAAGGACCCAGUGGACAUCUCCAACUCCCUGGCCCUUCAUGCUCACAUCUACGUACAGGACGAGGGAGACGCCAUGACCUUUGACCUCCACUUGUCGGCUGUCUCCAUGGCGACGUGUUUUGAGGCCACGCCCGUGACCCCCGUGCCCAUCAUCCCGACAGCGCUGGCCCGUAACCUGGCCGGACCGCUCAACCUAAGCGAGGUGCAGGGGGCACCCAAAUCUGGGUUCCUGACCAUGGACCAGACCAGGAAGCUGCUCCUCCUGUUGGAGUCUGACCCCAAGAUAUACAGUCUCCCAUUGGUCGGCAUCUGGGUGUGUGGUCCAGUGAACAUCCACAGUCCCCACGUCUGGGCCUGCUGCCUCAGAUAUAUGUACAACACUAACAUACAGGACAGAGUGUACACCCCCCUGCAGGGGUUCCUGGUGGUGCUGUACUCCCCCACUCACUCCCAGCCUGAGUUCUACGACUGCAGGACUAAAGACGGCGUCAUGAACUUCAACCUCUACAACUGCUUUGAAACACUGCAUGUGUUGAAGGAUGCGGAGAAGAUGGACAAGCGUCCGCUGCAUCUGGAGUUGGUGCCUGCAGAGGACGGGCAGAACUUUGCACUCUUUCAACAGGCACUAAACGAUAUGGACCCCAUAGAAUGUCCGACCGCCAUGUCACCUGAUUCUGCCAUGAAGAGGAUGUUCCCUGGGGAGGACAGUAACCAUGGUAACAGUCACCAUGACAGCCCAGUGCCACGCCCCUCUCCCUCUCCUCAUCCCCUCUCAGGAAAGUCUCCAGUGGUGCAGCCUUUGGUACCAGAGCUGUCCAUGGUCUUUGACAGCUUCUGCGAACUUCUUCCCCAGAACGUCAACAAGCUGAACGACUCCCUCCUGGGCAAAGAGAACCAAACCGUGAACCAGGGAGGAGGCAAGCACGUCCACUUCGCUCCCUCCAACACUGCAUCGCCAAAGGGUGUGACAUCUCCACACACACAUGCUUCUCCACAAGGGAGACAACCACUGAGGAACUACAACUACCAGACACCGCCUCAGGAUGGCAACCAAACAGACCAAAAACAGCACAGUGGUGGAAACCACCCACACCAGUCUUCAAACUCCAAGCAAUACAGUAGUAAACAGCCUUCCUCUAACAUCCACACAGCAGAUGCUCACGACCAAGGCAAGGGUGCACCACAUCAUCCACAUGGCAAUGUCCCUACUCAUAGGCACACAGCUCCAGCCAACCCACCCAGGGGUUACGCACCACCCUAUAACCCAUCUGCAGCAAACCCACACAUGCCGCAGCUACAGCAGCAACAGAGCAUGCCCCCAUCCCAUCCCUCACACGUGCAGCAAACACAGAACGGAGACCAACACUGGCAGCCACGACCUCCAGCCUACCCCCCUCAACAACCCUGGCAGCCAUCAGCGAAUUACAACCACCGGGCCCCUCAAAACAACACCUAUCAACCAGCAUCACAACCGUAUAGUCAACAAACACUUCAAGGAGCACAACCACCUCACCCAGGGAUCUUAAAGAAUCCUCAACAGAAACCUGUAAAGUCACAGAGGUCAAAGAAAAGGAAUUCUUCCCACGGAACACCACCAGAAGGUCAUCACCAUGGAAACAGUGGUCAUCACCACGGUAACAGGCGUCCUCCACAGGCUGUCCACUUCACACCCACCCCACAUCAAAUGGAAGGUUCCAAUUCAGCGGCCAAUCAGCAGCGAGAGAGCGAUGACGAGCCCCUGUCACCAGCCAAUCAGAGCGAAGGAUACCACAGUGCCCUGCUGGAGCAGUCAGAUGUGGCAGCCAAUCAGGAGGAGAGUUGUGGGCAUGCCCAGUCUGGGAUGAGCCCAGAUGCUUACAAACUGCUGAUGCAGCAAGAUGCACAACUCAAGAUGCUGAUGGCUCAGAUACAGCGUCUCCUUGGAGCACAGACCCCCAGUGGGGGCGCAGAGCAGGAAGGAAAAGCUCCAUCAUCCAUCCCUUCACCCACUUUCAAUCAUCAGGCCCCGCCCACCAAUCCUAAUCCUUCAGCCAAUCAGGGAACACAGAUGCAUGAUGGCAGCAACUCUGUUGACACUGAAGUAAAUACAGCCAGUGUAGCUUGCUCUUCUGAAGUCUCACACACUGAAAAAAGGACUGCAUCUAUCGCGAUCAACACUGGGACCAGUCUGUACUGGGGUGAUGCAAGUUCAGAGGUCACCUCCCAAGAACAAGCCAAUCAAGAAGCUCUGCAUAUGUCAUGUGACAUACAAGACAGUAGUGCUCAUGAAACAGUUACUGGUGAAACAUCACCCAAAUCACCAGAUGAGCUGGUAGCCAAUGAGAGGAGUGGAUACACAUCACAUGAUCAUGAUGGAACCAAUGAGCGGAGUGUAGGCACAUCACAUGACCACGAGGGAACCAAUCAGCAAGGCUCCUUUGGCGUGGACCUGAACCAGCUGCCUGUAGAACAAGAAGCAGGUCCUCAGAGCAGUAUGGUCUCCUCUCUUCAGGCGGUCGACAUCGAGAGUUACGCUGGCAGCACUCCCUCAAGAUCUCCACUUGACAGUGAAGCAAACCACCGGACCAGUCUGGGCCAGAUGUUCCAGAGCCCAGUGCUGGGGGAGAGUGCCAGUAUGUGUGUGCAACAACAACAGAUGGAAGGUGGAGAAGAAGAGGAGGAGGAGAGAUCAAACAAUCCGACAUCGUUCAGGGAUGAAGAGCAUUUCUACCAGCAGAUACUGGGCCAGGUGAACCAGCUCCUCCACAACAGUUCCCCUGAAGCACAAGGCCCGCAGAAGGAACCCCGCCUGUCUCUGCCUGCACAUCCCUCCAUCUCACCCCCUCCCAAACCCAGGAGAUUGUCUGAGAGUGCUCUGUGGGAGAAAGAACACCAGCGGGUUGUCAAGGCAACCAGACGACAGCUGAAGCGGAUGGGAGCAGUGGUGGAGGAGGAACAUCAGCACUCCAGAAAACACACGGACCAUCAAAGGCCUUCAGCUGCCUUCCCUAGUGCAGAAUUCAUCCCCAAAAUCAACUACAUCUCGCUCUCUGAGAUGGCUCUGGAAGGCGCCGGCACCGAUCUCAGCUUCGAGGCAAACGCCAUCGCCAUGAAGUACCUCUCAGACGACCAGCUCUCCAACCUGCCAAUCACUCCCAGUUGCCAUGGCAACCAGGCUCCUCCACCAAUCAGAUCCACGGCUGCGAACCAGUCGUUGCUAAGGGGCAUGUUCAGGGGGAGGGGCAUGAGGGGUAGGACCAGUUUUGAAGUGACUCCUGUGAAUAUGUCCAUGGCCACUUGGAAAUACAUGAGAAGGUACGUCCUGCAAUUUCAUGGAGGAACAUCAAUAUAUGGACUGAUAGAGGAAGAGGAUGAGGAAACCAGUCAGGUGUUCAGCCCUCCUAAAGACGUCACCUCGAGUCGAUCCUACUCCAGCUCUGAGAGUGACCAGGACGAGGAAGAACAACACUCCUCAAGGAACACACAAGGGCGUAGAAGUGAAGUGGAAGAGGCGUCUCAAGGAAGGGCAAGAAACGGGUCCAAGGAAUGCAGCUGUUGCUCAGGAUCCAGCCAUGGUUCAAGUAGAAGAAGUGGAAACCUGAGGGACAACAUGGCACAGAGCGAAGAGCCGAUCGUGGUCUUUCCUGAGAAAUUCAAGGGUGCAUCAAGACGACAGUCUUCUUCUUCACACUCACAGUUUGAAGAUGAAGAAGGCUCAAGGGUGUCCAGAGGUUCCUCAGAAAUUGGAGGCGCAGAUCGUGAAAGAAGAGGAAGAAGUUCAAGGGAAGGAGGUGGAGAGACAAGUAAUAUACUUGAUCUUGGGAAGCUGAGGCAGAUGCCUAAACUUCUGUAG